GCGUGACUAUAAAGCAGCACAAAAUGUGUAUCAAUGAGGAAGACAUCAUAGUAAGAAAACAAUUGGGUGACAAGCAGCGAAAGCCCGGUUGGACUUUGGCAGGUGAUUGGGACGCAUGCGCGCCGGAUCCUGGCGGGAGCUGGUUGGGGCGCAUGCGCGCCGGAUCCUGGCGAGAGCUGGUUGGGUCGCAUGCGCGGUGGAUCCUGGCGGAAGUGAUCGCUACGCAUGCGCUUCUCUCUGGGCGGGUGCUCGGAGCAUGCGCAUACGGGCGUGAAGGGGCUUUCUGUGAUGAGCCUGCGCACUGGGCUUUGCUCUCUCUCUCUCUCUGCUGGUGAUGGCGCUGAACCUGAGUCGGAACGGGCCGGCGCUGCAGGCUGCCUAUCGGGAUGUGGUGAACGACAAGACCGCCACUGACUGGGCACUUUUUACAUAUGAAGGGAACAGCAAUGAUCUGCGGCUGGCAGCAACUGGAGAUGGUGGCCUUGAGGAGUUGGUGGAAGAACUAAAUAGUGGGAAGGUGAUGUAUGCCUUCUGUCGAGUGAAAGACCCCAAUUCGGGAUUGCCCAAGUAUGUCCUGAUUAACUGGACUGGUGAAGGAGUAAAGGAUGCCAGGAAAGGGUUGUGUGCCAAUCAUGUCAGCACCAUCGCCAACUUUUUAAAGGGUGCCCAUGUCACUAUCAAUGCCCGUGCAGAUGAGGACGUGGAACCCGAGGUGAUCAUUGAAAAAGUGGCGAAGGCCUCAGGAGCCAACUACAGCUUUCAUAAGGAGAAACCCCGCUUCCAAGACACAACCCCACAAGGACCUGUGGGCUCGGUUUAUAAGAAGACUAAUGCAAUGUCAGAAAUCCGAAGUGUGAACAAAGAGAGUUUCUGGGCACAGACUGAGAAAGAUGAAGAGAAGCGAAGGGAAGAAGAUAAAAAGAAGAGGGUGCUGGAGCAAGAGGGAUUGGAGCAGGAAAGAAAGGAGAGGGAACGGAAGGAGUCUGAGCAGCGGGAGCAGCGGUUUAAAGAGAGGUCCAGCCAGAUCGACCAACAGAAGCAGUUCCAGAAAAAACAAGAAUCACAGAGCAGAGAGUAUGAGAAGCAGCGCUGGAAUGAGCAGGAGCAGGAAUACCAGGCGGCGAUGCGCAAGGGCUUUAAGAGAAGUCAGUCGAUCGAGAAGGCGACGGAGGCCGCGUCCAUCAUUUCUCAGAGAUCAGUGAAUCCGAAGGAGCUGUUCAAGGACCGCGAGCGCGGCAUGGCCGGAGACUCCUCUUCAUUCAGUGCAAGCACGCAACCAGGCAAGCUCAGGAGCCCCUUCCUGCAGUCCCGGAGCAGCCAGCCAGAGUCCCCUCCUUCACCAGUUCGUUCAGAAGCCCAGCCAACACCACAAGAGACUCUACAGAAUGCUCCAGAAAGGGUGGAAACACAACCACAGGAAGAAGACCUGCAGACUGAGUGGAAUGAUGAGAAGGCUGAGAGUAAAGAAGGUUAUAGCUGGCAGUUCCACCAUUCCGAAACAUUAGAGCAGGAAGAUGUCUACGAGGAUCCUGAUGCACGUGUGCAAGAGCAAGACAGCCACGAGCCUGUUAGUGCCGACAUUGGAGGUCAGGCUGCCACUGAAGACACCAAUGUGUACCAACCUGUGGCAGAGAGUCAAUACCAAGGACUUUGUGCUCGGGCACUAUAUGACUACCAGGCUGCUGAUGAAACAGAGAUAUCUUUUGAUCCUGAUGAUAUCCUGACCAGAAUCGAGCAGAUUGAUGAGGGCUGGUGGCGGGGCUACGCAGUGGAUGGUAGUUUCGGGAUGUUUCCAGCCAAUUACGUGGAGCUCCUGAGUGGUUAAUCAGUGCACAAAUCGUUGGAUGCGCUGGUCCAUCCUGGUACUCAAACUGCCACCUGAUCAGCACCAAGAAGAUCUUGUUCUCAAUCGCCAAUCACAAGCCAAAUCUACUCAGUGCCUCAAGCUUUCCUUAUCUCAUUUUAGCAGAGAGGGUGUUGGCCAGGUUGGGAGGGGAGAGACAGUUGAGGAGAGGGAAGCUUUCCGCCUUUAUUGCUCCAAGUGCUGGCGUUAUAACCACUAGAGGAGGAUCAUUUCCCCUCGUGCCUGUUUCCCUCACCCUUCCACCAGCCCCUGCCCAUCCACCCCCCCUACCCCCAUGCCAGUGUGAGGAUGUACUUGGCCAGGGGACAGUGAGGGUGGUGCAAUACAGGGACUCGAACACUUUGGGCUAGAUUGGCGUAUUCGGGGAAAUGGGACAGGGUUAGAUUCGAAUGAGGGCUCACCAGUGACCAAGAUAGUGGAGAUUAAUGUUUUUGCUAAUACCGCAUUUUUGUGAUAAGACUUUGAUGUUUAUUUUAUUGCUAGGUGUUGUACACUUGGCAAAUCAUUUUUUGGCGCUAAUUAAGAGGGCUGUGAGCUUUGGACCUUGGCUUUAAGUAGCACUAUGACUGAGCGGUAACACAAAAGCAAAGUACUGCAGAAGCUGGGAACCUGAAAUAUGCAGAGACCAGACACAGCCUGGGCAGGGAUAGACACAAUGAAUAUUUCAGCUUAAUGGUCUUUGCUCAGAAUUGGAAUUUGUUCAGACCUCAGCAGCUUUAAAGCAAAUACAGAGCCAGAGUGUGAAAUGGAGAGGUCUCUGACAGCACUAAUCUCUUGCUCCCAGUAGGAUCUCAAUAACAGGAGCACAAUAAAAUCCCACCACAUCCUACCGCUCUCCAUAACCCCCAUCCCCUUUCCCCCUUCAGUAUUACCUGACCCUUGCCCACCCUCUUCAGCAAGGAAUGAAAUCUUUCCUGACAUUGGCACUGUUCCUUGUGUUCGGGGCUGGGGGCUGGAGAGAGAGGGGGUGGUGGGGGGCGGGGAGAAUUGAGAGAACCCUGGAUUAGAUCCAGCUCCAGCACCCCCUUUCCUACUUCACCCCUGCAUCAGACGCCGAGACUGCCCUGCUUAGCCUUUACGUAUUGCAGUGCUUGAGAGUCGAGAGUUGGAUCACCUGAGGUUUUGCUGACUAGAAAAUGCAGGCUUUAUUUGGGUUUUAAUUAAGAGACUGUCUAAAAAUGUUAACAAUUGUGAAUCCUGAUUUUUGAAAUGAUUUGUUUUGAAAAAUGUCAAUCAUGUAAAAACAACGUAUUGAUUGUUUCCCAAGCAUAUCUCAAGCCUGUAUUACUGUCAGAGUCUUCUCCAAAGACACAAUUUUACAGAUCUAGAAUGCGAGAUUAUGGUUUUGUAUUGGGUCACUAACAUUCCUUGAACAUGCGACUAACUGAGAAAGUUCCCUCGCAUCACUUGUCUGCUUUCCUCACUUGGUCACUUGUUGAAUUGUCAUUUAAUAAAGGUGUUUUGUUUU